AUGUUUUAAUCAUGUUAUAAAAAGCAUAAAAAACUCAGAAUCUCAAUUCUUUAAUAUGGUCACCCACAGUGUACAAAAACAUAAAAAACCCAUUAGAGUUAUAAUGCAAAAUACUGAAAAAGUACAGUUCUUAUACUAGAAAAAAUCUUACACUGUACAAUGUAAAAGCAAGGGAAACUUAUCUCGAUUCAGUUAUGCUAUUAUGUCCUAGCAGGAGUUCAGCACCCCCAAGUAAUAACAUGUUAGAGGGAAAGUUACCUAUAAAAGCAUCUGUUUCAUUUUCUGCUCUUUCAUUUCAGACAAAAUCUUUGACCAUACCUUUACCAUAUUGAAACAGAUUAAAUAUCAAUUAAAGAAAAUUCUAGCACAAUGUUUAUAUUUACAAUUUUCUUUGUAUUAAUUGCAUCUAUAUAUACCAAUGAUAUAGUUGCUCAAGUAACAGAUGAUGAAAGUUGUGAAACAUUACAGUCAGAAGUACAUAUUACAAAAGAUCAAUAUGAUGAAAUAGGUCGAUUAAAAAGAACUUGUAGUGGAGAUAUAUCUGUUACAAAAUGUGAAGGGUUUUGUAGUUCACAAGUACAACCAAGUGUUGUAAGUACAACAGGAUUUUCAAAGGAAUGUUAUUGCUGUCGUGAGAGUUAUUUAAAAGAAAGGCAUAUUACUUUACAUCAUUGUUAUGAUGCAGAUGGUAUAAAAUUAAUAAAUGAAGAUGGAGUAAUGGAAAUCAAGAUAAGAGAACCAACAGAAUGUAAAUGUAUUAAAUGUGGCGAUAUAUCUCGAUAAAUAUGAAAAUAUUUUAUAAAAAUAUUAAUAAAACAUAUAUAUAUUUAUAUAUAUAGAAAUUAAAUGUAAUAAAAAUUAUAUGAUUUAAAAUAAAAAUAAUAGAAU